AUGGCCAUUCGAUUCGAUCGAAAGAAAAGAUCCGGUAUCGAGCAUCGGUUCGCAAAUCCGCUACCCACGGAGGAAGCUCUGAAUCAGACCAAGUUGAGAGCGGAGGAAAGUGUCGAGGCACGGAUGGUCAUGACUUCUCUGCAACAUCUGGCUUUAUCCCUCGAGGACACUCAUGAAACUAUUCAAAGGGUUGGAUACAUCGGCGCAAUCAAGAAAGCUGGUGCACCUCCUUUUUCGGGUUCUGUCAGUCUUUUGGAGAGCAAUGGGCACAAAAGCUUGACCGACGAGUCGCAUCCGCCGUUUGGCAUGGCUGUCCAAACAACCGAUAUUCUCAACGUCUUGCCCUACAAGCACCCUGAAGACCUUGAUAGCUUCAACGAUUCUAUGGCGUUGCGCCGUACAUCAGACCUGACAUAG